AUGGCGGCGGAAAGUGUCAAAGAUACAGAGAUCACGGAUUCAAGAAACACGAUUGAAAAUGAGUUCUACUAUUUAAUGCAGCAACUAAUAAUGAAUCCCUCGCAACUAAACAUCAUCGUGGAAAACCUUCAGCCGGUCAUAAGCUCAUUAAAUUGUGACUCGGAUUUCGUAAAAUUCACUCUAGAAUUUUACAAGAGGGAACACGCAUUCCCAACCCAAUCUCUUUUAAUACAGCUUGUUGCUCGAGGAAUCAUCGUAGAUACUGGUUUUUUAGAAAAGUCUUGCUUUGGUCCUUUCCUUUCUCAGCUGCUUUUUGAGUCAGUUACUGAGUCCUCUAUUGAAUGUUCCAAGUACUCUACCAGGGUAUGGAUCGAUAGUAUUAUCAAAGAGAAUAGCAGCUCAACACAAUUUCCAAAUCCUUUGGAGUACCUGGAUCAAAACUCAGUAACACAUCCCUCCAUAAUCCCUCAUUCAGUACUUUUACAGUUCAAGCUUCUUGAUGGUAAACAAAGGAAGCUUGUCAUGCUGGACCUAAGACAGAUAGCAAAUCGGAUUCCACCAACAUUUUAUCCUAGAGUAAUUAUUGCAUUUUUGAUAUUUUUGGAAUUCUAUAAAAAGGAAGAAAAAGGUGGAGGGAAUCUUAUCCCAGAGAUCUGUUUGUGGGCUGAAACUUGGCAUAAUUUGCUAGUUAACAGCAUUACAGGAUCUAGAGCCGCAAAAGAUGGGAAUUUACACCUUCCUUUGCAUCAUCUGCUUAAUGGAACAAUGGUUUCUUCCAAUGCAUUUCAGUUUAUGUCAACGAUACCAGAAGUUUUCCAUAAUGUUUUAAAGAGUUUAAGGUUAUUUGACCAGAACAGCUCUGGUUUUACCAAAAAAUGGGUUUCCAAUUUGUUAUUUAGACUGGAUGGUUCUCAUCAGUAAAUACUAGUCCAGGCGAAAUUUAGCUGAAGACAAACAGUACUUUAACUCUCAAUUGGCUUCAAUAGUUGAGGGUCUGCUGCAGGAAACUACAGGGUCAUGAUAGGAUGGUACCUCUGCUUAUGGUGGCUGACUUUGAAUGUGUGGUUUCAUAAAAUAUCAAUACUCCACCAUGGAGGAAAUUAGAAAUUUCAAGGGGGUGGGGGUAAUAGGAAAAACAAAAUUACAAGGUUUAUCUAUGGAAGAAAAUCGGAAAUUCAAGAGGGGUCGGGGGACCUUUUUUCAAAUUUCCUAUUAAUAGUGGGUUAUGGAAAUUUUCAGGAACUACACAAUAUGACAUGUGCACUGCCAAGAGUUUCUUGCAUUUUGGCUUCUGUCCCUCAAGCUUAUAAUACCUUAUACAAAAGCCAAAACAGGAUUGAAGUUGCAGAAAAAAGAAAAGCACUCUAACAGGACUAUUAGUUCUAAACGAGCAAGAUAAUGGGUCCAAGUUUUCCUUAAAUUAAAUCAAAUUUUUAAAGAAACAUGUUUCCAGUCCCCUGCUUGUUUAGGUAAAGGCUGAUUGUCUUUGUUAUCAAUUUAUCAAUAAAACAAACUAACAA